UUGGUCUGUCUCAUGCUACACUGGAUGCUAUUACAUUUAAUCAUAAAGGAGAUAUUGAGAGCUGUCUCUAUGAGUGUCUUACUAAAUGGCUACAGAAAGCUGAUAGUGUACAGUACAUUAAAGGUGGCCCUACUAUCUAUUCAUUGAUAUCAGCAUUGAGGGAAUUAGGAGAGAGUGGAGUAGCUGAUGGAAUAGAUAUGGAGAUUCAUCCUGCUUGUAGAAUUCUUGCUUGUUACACUUCAAACCAAACUCUACUGUCUGCAUUACCUCAGCUGGCUAUGGUGUUGUCUUCAGAAGUGAUUGGAGACAUAGCAAUGUCUGAAGGAAUAGCUUUGUUGAUUGAAACAAAGGCCGCCGUUUGUCAUAAUUAUAGAAAACUUGAGGCAUUUGCUGAUAUUUUAUGUAAAAAGACAGACACUGCUGAGAUAGGAGUUGCUAUUAAGAGAGACUACAGAGAAGCUUAUAGUAGUGAUGAUGAUAAGAAUGUUGAAGGGUUUGUCACUUCAGAUUUUAAGUUCAUGCGAUUAAAUUUGGAGAAUGCAUUCUUACAAGUGAAAUCAAUCAUGAGGAAUCGUGGCAAUCCUGAGUCUUUAUCUCUUGAUAUUAUCAAACGAAUACUAGGUGGAUACAACAGUUCAUUAAAGCCGCAGUUAGCUCAGCAUAAAGAUAUCAGUGACAUUUUACAGUUAGUACGUGAUAACAGUUCACUUGAUGAUAUGAGUAUGUUGGAGUAUUUUAUUGACACAUUUAAUAUAGAGGAGGCUAAUCCAGUGAUUGAGGAAUAUAAAGAAGCUGUUGAGAAGUUUAAGGGAAUAAAUCUCAGUCUAUGUUUGAAUGAAAGUUUUUCAAUUGCUUCUCCACUUAUGUGUGAAAGGAUUAUCAUUAUCAUUGAUAAAGAUGUUAAUGAAUGCUUACUUAAUGAUGUCAAGAGACUUUUAUCAGCUGUUUUUGAAAGCUCAUCACGACAUAUCAGAUUAAAUGUUGUUAGAGAGAGCAGUUCUUUCACAAUCACUUGUUCCUUCUCUUUGAUUUUAUCUGAGCAGUUAAUUGAAGCUGCUCUUAAUAAUAUUGAUGUAUUGAAAGAAAACAAAGUGAAGAGAUUAACCAUUGGAUACUGUACUGUGUAUGAGGAAUUAAACAUACUUGACACCUUUGUUCCUACUACUACAUCAUAUGAACAGCAGUUACUAUCAACUAGUAGUGGUUUAUUGAAACAAUUAAAGCUGUCGUUCAGUAUACAAGAAAGUAGUAUUGAAGAAGCAAAUUUUUUGAAGGAAGGACUGGAUGCUACAAACAUGAUGCUGAAGACCAGUAUAGCAGAGAAUGAGAAAUUGAAAAAAAUAUUAGAAGAGCAACUUGAAGAAAAAGUGACAAUAAAGAAAGCACUGGAUACUAAAAACAAGAUGCUGAAGGCCAGUAUAAUGGAGGGUGACAUAUUGAAAAUAGAAACAGCUCAUACUUCUAGUCAGUUAGAAGAGAAAGUAUUACUUUUAAGAGAAAGUAAAGAAGUUAGUGAGACUGAAUUAAUACUUUGUUGUUAAUAUAAUCAUAAUAGGAGAAUAAGAC